GGCGCCGAAUACUAGCGGAACUAAUGUCCGGAACAGUGACUAUGAGUACCAAUAUGUGCAGGAUUGGCCCAAAUUGGACAGAAAGCUUGGAUCAGUAUCCGCGGUGGCGUUCGAUGCCCAGGGAAACGUAGUGGUCUUCCAUCGAGGUCCCGUCGUUUGGAACAUAACGUCCUUUGACCAGUUGAAUCGGUAUGCCUACAUCAAGACCGGACCAAUCGUCGAGUCUACUCUGUUAACGUUCGAUAAUGAUAGCGGUGAUCUACUAAACGAGUUUGGUGCUAAUUUCUUCUACAUGCCACAUGGCCUCACCAUCGACAAGAACAACCACUACUGGGUGACAGAUGUCGCGAUGCAUCAGGUUUUCAAAUUCGAUCGGACGAUUUCCAGCACCGAACCGGUUCUCACACUCGGUCAACGCUUCCAGCCCGGAACCGGCCCGGCCAGUUUCUGUAAACCCACCUCGGUGGCAGUGUUGGAGAAUGGCGAUUUCUUCGUUGCCGAUGGCUACUGCAACGGACGCAUCAUGAAGUUCUCCCCCGAUGGGCAGUUGAUUCUGAGCUGGGGGAAAAACUCAUUCGUGCUUACGCGGACGUUCACUCUACCCCCGGGUCCGGUUCCGGAGAACUUCCUGGCGAUACCUCACGCGCUGACCUACGCUGCGGAUAAGGAUCUCAUCUGCGUAGCCGAUCGCGAACAGGGUCGCAUCCAGUGCUUCCAAGCCCAAAGCGGGGCGUUCCAUUCGAUGUAUAGUAAUUCCCAGAUAGGGAGCCGCCUGUUCAGCGUUAAGUAUCUUCCCAUCAACGGUGGACUGUUCUACAUGAUCAAUGGUCCACAGUUCACGACACAGCAGCCGAUCAAUGGGCUGAUUAUGUCGAUGAAUGGCAGCGAAAUUGUGGGACGAUUCUAUCCGGAUGUUCCACAGCAUGCCUUUAGCAAUCCGCAUGAACUGGCCAUCAGCGAGGAUGGCAGCCAGAUAUACGUGGCAGAGCUGCUUCCAACCAAGGUUCACAAAUUCAAGCGGAAAGGGGCGGCGCCGAUUCAAGCUACAAAAGUGCCCAAAUCGACAGAUUAUCAGAAAAUGCCUCCGUCGCCGGUAGCAGAUUCGCUGUACGCCAGUAGUUUGACGAUGGUGUCCAUCGUGGCCAGCCUGAUUGGCACCAGUUGUCUGAUCCUGUGUCUCUCGCGUACGUUGUGCUUUAAACCAUCCGGCGGAAGUGGAGCAGGGCGCCAGCGGUUUUCCACGGCCAGCGAGAAUAUUGCUCUGCAUCGGAUGGAUCGGGAUGGAGGUGAUGAAGGAGAUGCGUAGCAGAAAUUUUACAAUUCCAACAAAAUAAUUGAAGUUCAACCAUUCCGUCCGAAGAGGAGCUGUUGUUAGCGCAAAUGUACUGUGAUGAUUGAUUGGCUAAAAUGCUAAAUUUGAUUAUACCUUUCUACUGGACUAACAACUUAAUUAGACUGAAGAAUACAUCUUGGUACCUAUUUAUUGAAAAGACUCUAUUAAAAACGUUAUGGAGA